AAUUCUCGGGUUCCUAAUUACAACGCGACAAUUUUUCAAAUCACGAUGCAAAGUUGCGAUGAAUCUUCACCACGACAAACAAACAUUGAACCAAUAGCUGCUAUUCCGGUUACUUCAUUGGAUGAGUCUGACUCUGAAGAGAUUUUAGCCGAAGGUGCUGCACUUCCAUCUAGUAAUUUUUCUGGAACCACACUUGCUCAAAAUUUAUCUCUACAAGGUAUCGCAAGUUCAACAAGGCUUGGUGAUGCCUCAGGGACUUCGUCAGAUUCUGCAGAUUCCUCAAAAAAAACUAAGGAAUACUCUGAAAAUGUUGCUAAAUCAUACGCUGCUCUUGCUGAGCCAAAAGGAUGGAAAAAUCCUGACAACUCAUUAUUUCCUAUAUCGGUGAACAAUCUUUGCAAUUUUUUGCGUGUCAAGAUGGCCACUAAUAAUUCCAGAAGUUUAGAUUGGUAUAUUGGGGGUCUUCACAGGUACCAGAAAAAUGUACUCAAAAUCCAAAAUUGGGAUGACGUUCGCAAACAUCCAAGUGUAAAGAGUCUGCUAAAUCAACUUAAAGGAAGAGAGUCACCUCCUGUAACUUUAGAAAAAGGAAAACGUAUUAAACAAGGAAUCGAUGAUGACAGUUUUGAAGUUGAAUCUACUGGCAUCGAUCUUUCUAAACCAUUGAACCCGAUUGAUUCUAAAAUUCCAAUUGAAAAUGUUCCUGAAUAUCGUAGUUCAUCACUCCCAUCUUCGUCUUCAAAACCUUUUGCUGAUGUUGGAUUUUCUUCAAUUAAAUCGGACGUUGAGAACGUUAUUAUAUCGCAAGAAUAUGAUCCAACUGUAUCAAAACAUAAUUCUGUAGAAAGAUACGACCCUAUGGUCGUUUCGAACUCGGAUGAUGAUGAUGAUCCUCAUUCUAAAA